AUGGCGCUUUUAAGUAACCAGAAUCUGAGUAGUAGUAGUAAUUACGGCGAGGACGCAGCUGCCCGAGUUCACGUCCUUGCCUCAUGCUACAUUGUCGACUCUGCUGCCCAGCUCAAGGGCAUCCACUACUGCACUCCCGGGGCUGCAGGGGCGGAGUGCCCCCCCCUCGCCGCGUUAACCUCGUCCAACGAGCUCGCUCUUCUGCCCAAGAACAAGAAGCGCGACCAAUCGGGCGGCCGUCGCUCGGAGCGACGAGGGGGGGCAGCACUCAUGAUCAGGGAAGAAUGUGAGAGAUUCUUUUGCGAGCCCAUGAAGACAGCAUUCCAUGGUGAGAGGAACCUGUCGAUGCAUGGCUCCUGCCUGUCAGGUGCUUAUUUGCAAACACCACCGCCGGAGCACCGUCUAUCCGACGCCUUCCAGCACAGCCAGCAUGUCAAGUCUCCCGGGUUCGAGGUUGAUGCUUGGAUGGAAGUCUGGGACUACGCUGGUGGUGCGAGCUUUCGCGCCUUUGUGGCGAGUGACGGACAGGAGAAGUCAUUGUUCGUCUUUUUCGACAUUGAAGGCGUUCUUGGAAGAGACUUGAAGAAAGCUCUCAUGGCUCUCAUUGAGCUUGCGGAUGGCCCACUAGACUGCUGCCAUAUUGUAAUUUGUGUGGAUCGCCGCAUGCCAAUGCAGGAGGCCCUGGAGUUGUCAAAAAGUCUGCAGUGGGUUGGAUUUGAAAUGACCACCCUGGAUCAUUGGGCAAACAACUUGGACGUUACAAGCAAUAGGUGGGUGUUUAUGGGCAUGGAGCUCUAG